AUGUGUGGGGGGGGGGGGGGGUUGGGGGUGGGGGGUUGGUUGUUUGGGGGGGGGGGGUGGUUGGGGUUGGUUGGGUUUGUGGGGGGGGGGGGGGGGGUGAUGGGUUGUUGGGAUGUUAGGGGGUGGGGGUGGGGUGUGGGGUUUGAGUUGGGUGUGUUGUGGGGGGGGGGGGGGGGGUGGUUGGGUUGGUAUGUUUGGGGGUGGUGGGUGUUGGUAGGUUGGUUUGUGGGGGGGGGGUGGUGUUUGUGUGUAGAGGGGGUUGGGGGGGGGGUGAUGUUUAGUGGUUUGGUUUGGGGGGGGUUUGGGUGGGGUUGGUUGGGGGGGGGGGGGUAUAUGGUGGGGGGUAGGGUUUGGGGGGGGUGUGGGGGGGUGGAUGAGAAGGGAAAUAAUUGA